AUGAAGUUGUUGUUGAGUGUCGGGGCAUGUGCGGCGCUGUUGGCCCUCGUCGCGUGCGCGACGACGGAGGGAAAGAAAGAGCCGAGCAAGAAGUCGUCGUCGCUCGCGACGUCGUCGUCGCAGCAGACGGCUUACUACGCCGACGAUCGAAGCGACGGCUACAGCGACUACCCGGCGUCCCCCGGUGAGGGCUACGACUCCGACUACUACCGCCAGGCCCAGCCCCAGCAGAAGCGACGCAAGGGGAACCGUCGACGAAGCGACAGCAAGCGACGUCAGAGCGGGGCCCGUCCUAGCGCCGAUUACUAUUACGACGAUGCCGGCGGUGCAGGCGGCGGCGCUGGGGCUGCCGCCGCGGGCGGGCCUUACUACGAGGAUUACGACUACAGCGACUCCAACAACGCCAACAGUCCCGGGGUCUUCUCCUCCAUGGCGACCCGGGUUCGACGUUUCUUCUCUGGGAUCGAUGACAUGGUAGCCCGAUUGGACCGAACGAGUCUGGCGAUCGGGGCGGCGUCCGCAUUCGCCCUGGGGAUCGCAGCCGCGAUGGGAACCCUCGGCGCGGGCGUGGCCGUCGCGGGCAGGAAACUCGCGACCCGGUACCAGGUCGACUGGGAUCGGCUCACCGACUAUCACUCGUGGGACCUGAUCAGGAAGGCCCUCGAACUGGCCGAGAUCGACGGCGAAGUGUGCCAGAAGAAGGCGGUCUGCGAGCUUGAGUCCCGCGUCGGCCGAUCCAACAUCCUCGCCUUCUUCGUCGCCCGCACAUUCAGCCCGAAGAUCCCGGGGAUGAAGAACUACGAGGACGCGAUGAGAACCGGUCUCGACGGUCACAGCUGCUCCGUCGUGUACGCCGACUGCAGCACGGAUGUCCUGGAGGCGAUGCGAUCCCUCUCCUGGCAGCAUUUCGUGCCCAACCCUGAACAGGUGCGGAGGUUUGGUGAGGCGGUGCAGGAGUCCGUCAGCCUCAAGGACUUCGGCAGUCCCUACGACUUCGGCGAGAUGAAGAACAUGAUCGAGAGCGUGGACCUGCGCAAGUACGGCAUCCCCUUCCAGGGCAAGGCCAUCACCGACUACGCCAAGGCCAGAAUGAUCGAUCUUGGGCGGAAAUUCCUCUAA